UGCAAUUGCUGUAGUCUUCUGACACGCCGUCCUGGCCUACUCGGAUGCUCUAAUACAAAGCGCGGUCCAAAUGCGGGGAAUCUUCAAACCUAAGCUUCACAUUCUCUCGCUUCUCGAAAGCCGACCCCAUCUCGUCACAGCCCUGCGACCUCACUCCCCUCCCUGCCACACCCGUCCCAACACUCGAUAAACGCCCAAGUACCUUGCCUCGUCCAUUGACGAUAUCCAUAUUCCGCCACGCCUCCCAUACCCGCUGCCGCAGCUCGGAACGCCUUGGCCGAGUUCCGACCCGCAGUUCUCGUCGAUCCCUUGCCCGCCGUCGCCGUAAAAGCUACAGCGCUCCCACAAGGUCUGCCAGAGGUCGGGAUUCUUUUUGCGCACCAUGACGGGGACCAAUGGCGUAUACGCGCCUAACAUGCGCGCUGUGCCGGCAGGAGAAUUUGUGAAACCGAGCAGAAAGACUAACGGAGCUGGUGUGCAGGCCGAGGACACGCGGAUAUGCGUCGUCAUGGUGGGACUACCCGCGAGGGGAAAGAGUUUGAUUGCACAAAAGGUGGUCCGUUACCUCCAUUGGCUUUCUAUCAAAGCCAAGACGUUCAAUGUUGGCCAAUACCGCCGUACCGCCACGCCGAACCCGUCCGCCGAGUUCUUCGACACUUCGAACCCAGAAGGAGAGCGCUUGCGCAAAGCCGCCGCCCAAGCUGCCGUCGACGACAUGUGCAAGUGGUUUGCUGAGGGGCGGGGUCUAAUCGCGAUCCUUGACGCGACAAACUCCACCAAGAGUCGCCGCCGUUGGAUCCAGGAGCGCUGCUCCCAGGAGAACAUCGAGACUCUGUUCGUCGAAUCAAAAUGCGAUGAUGAGGACUUGAUCAUGAGCAACAUAUUGGAAGUCAAGACUACGUCACCAGACUACGUCGGGCAAGAUCCUGAAGAAGCCGCGGCUGAUUUCCGCAACCGCAUUCGGAAUUAUGAGAAGGUGUACGAGACAAUUGACGAAGACGAGCGGGAUCUCACGUAUGUCAAGUUGAUCGACGUCGGCAAGCAGGUCAUUAUCAAUCAGAUCCAGGACUACCUCCAAAGUCGAGUAGUGUAUUACUUGAUGAACCUCCACAUCAAACCUCGCUCGAUUUGGCUUUCAAGGCACGGUGAAUCCAAAUACAACUUAACCGGCCAGAUUGGCGGAGACGCCGACCUUUCCGACCGCGGUGAUGCGUACGCGCACGCUCUGCCUGGCCUCGUUGCGAAGUCCGUCGGAGAUGGGCGCAGGUUAACAGUGUGGACGUCGACCUUGAAACGCACCAUCCAGACCGCGCGAUUCCUGACUUUCGAGAAGCUGGAAUGGAAGGCACUUGACGAACUCGAUUCCGGCGUGUGCGACGGCCUCACAUACGCUGAGAUAGAACAAAAAUACCCGGAAGAUUUUGCGCAGCGCGACGAGGACAAGUACAACUAUCGAUAUCUAGGCGGCGAAUCAUAUCGCGAUGUCGUCAUACGCCUGGAGCCCAUCAUCAUGGAACUGGAGCGCAGCGAGAACAUCUUGAUCGUCACGCACCAAGCCAUCCUCCGAUGCAUCUACGCCUAUUUCAUGAACGUGCCGCAAGAGCAGAGCCCCUGGAUGGAGGUCCCGCUGCACACGCUGAUUAAGCUCACGCCGAAGGCGUACUCGACGCAGGAAGAAAGACUCAAGGCGGACAUCCCGGCAGUCAGCACAUGGAGAGGUAAGGGUACAAAGGCCGAGCAUCAGGAGGUCGAUGGCAGCGCGCCGAGCCCUAUUAUUGCGCCGGGCAAGGCGGGCUAA